AUGGAGGUGGAGAAGGUCGCGUUCGGCGGCCAGCGCCACGCGACGAGCGUGAGGCCGCCCGGCGAGGCCAACCCAACGUGGAACGAGACGCUCGUGUUCACGGUCGACGCGACGGCGAUCCGCGGCGGCCUCUCGGGCGGCUCCAUCGACGUCGGGGUGUACCACCGGCGGGCCUCCGGCGGCAAGAGCUGCCUCGGCCGCGUCCGCCUGUUCGGCGCGGCCGUCGCGCCGUCCGCCGAGGAGGCCGUGCUCCUGCGCUGCCCCCUCGACAAGCCCAGCUUCUUCCGCCCGGCGCGCGGCGAGGUCGCGCUCCGGCUCUACCUGGCGCCGUACGCGUCGUCGUCCGCCGCCGCCAACACGCCGGCGGGGAAUGCAUACUCCAGCACGUACGCUACGACGACCUUCACCGACACCGCCUCCAUGGACGGCCCGGAGACGGUCGUCGGCGGCGCGAGCACGCAGUCAGCUCCAGCAAUGAUCAAGAAGCAAACCAAGAAGAAGAAAGAUCCGGCGCAAGCGUUCCACUCCAUCCCAACACAGUCCAGCACGGGGUCACUGAUCUUCCCGCCACCGCCACCGCCGCCGUUGGUGCCACCACCGGCCGGAGUCCCAACAAAGGGUGCCGAUAAGAAAGCGGCGGCGCCCGCCACCGCCGACGACGCCAAGGCGGCGGAGUACCUCAUGGUCGACAAGCUGGAAUUCCUCUAUGUCAACGUGGUGCGCGCCUCAAACCUCCCCGGCAUGGACCUCACGCUGGGCAUCGACCCCUUCGUCGAGGUCCGGGUCGGCAACUACUCAGCGGCGACGCGGCACGCAGUGAGGAACCACUCCCCGGAGUGGAACCAAGUGUUCGCCUUCUCAAAGGAUCACCUCCAAUCAGAUGUCCUAGAGGUGAUCGUCAAGGACAGGAACCUCAUUGUCCGGGACAGCUUUGUUGGGAAGGUUGUCCUGCCCAUCGUCGACGUGCCAAGCUCGGCUCCUCCGAAUCGGCCCCCGGCGCCUCAAUGGUACGGGCUCAAGGGCGGCGGCAAGGACGGCCGGCGGUGGACCGGCGGCGAGAUCUUGCUCGCCGCGUGGAAGGGAUCCCAGUCCGACGAGGCCUUCGCCGGCGCGCUGCACGCCGGCGCGCACGACGACCUCUCGCCGAGCGCCGUGGCCGCCACUCAGACCAAGAGCUACUACGCCCCGCGGCUCUGCUACCUCCGGUGCCAUGUCAUGGCGGCGCGGGACCUGGUCCACCCUGACCGGAGCCGGCCAUCACGGCCGCCGAGCGUGUUCGCGAGGGUGGAGCUCGGCGCACAGAGGUGGGAGACCCGGGCGUCGCCGAGCGCCACGUGGGACCAGGACUUCUUCCUCGUCGCGGCGUGGCCGUUCGAGGAGCCGCUGGUGGUCACCGUCAUGGACGCCGGCGGCGGCGCCUCGCCGGGGCGGCACGAGGUGCUGGGCCGGCUCGUGCUCCCCAAGGGCAGCAUCAAGUCGCAGCAGCUCGACAAGAGGAAGCUGCGCGUCUACUACGACGCCGCGUACCACGUCCUCGACGAGCUGGCCGCGUACGCCAGCGACUUCGAGCCGUCGGCGAAGCCGCUCCGGAAGGCAGCGCCCGUCGGCGUCCUCGAGCUCGCAGUCCUGCGCGCGACCGGCCUCCCGGCGACGAAGAAGCGCCCGAACAACGGCGCGCCGGCGGCCGUCGACGCGUACUGCGUCGCCAAGUACGGGCAGAAGUGGGUCCGGACGCGCACGCUCGUCGGCACGGCCUCGCCGAGCUGGCAGGAGCAGUUCACGUUCGACGUGUUCGACCCCUGCACCGUGCUCGCCGUCGCCGUCCUCGACAGCCUCCAGCUCGCCGGCGCCGGGGAGGCUGACGCGCCGCUGGGCAAGGUCCGCAUCCGCGUCUCGACGCUGGGCUCUGGCCGCAGGUACGAGCAGCCGCAGCCGCUGUUCGUGCUGCGGCCCGGCGGCCUCGUCCGCUGCGGCGAGCUCCACCUCGCCGUGCGGUUCACCGCCACGGCGUGGGUGAGCAUGCUGUCGCUCUACCUCCGGCCGACGCUGCCGAGCCAGCACUACGCGCGGCCGAUCCCGGCGCACCUCGUCCCGGCGCUCCGGCGCGCCGCCGUGGACGCCGCCGUGCACUACCUCCUCCGCGACCCGUCCACGCACCCGAGCCCCGCCGUGCCGGAGCUCGCGGCCUACAGCCGGCGCCGGUCCCUCGCCGCGUGCGCGCGCCUCCGCGACGCGCUCGCCCCGGCCGCCGCGCUCGCGGCGUGGCUCCGGGGCGUCCGCGACUGGGACCACCCGCCCACCACCGUCCUCGUCCAGCUCCUGCUCCUAGCGAUGGCGUGGCACCCCAAGCUGAUCCUGCCGACCUUCUUCCUGUACCUCUUCGCCGUCGGCGCGUGGAACUACUUCCGGCGGCCGGCAGCGGCGGGGCCUGCGCGGAUGGAGCACUACGCCGACGGCGUGCACCCGGGCAUGCUGGAGGAGGACUUCGACGCGGGGCCGACGUCGGGGACCCCGCCGCACGUCGUGGAGUGGCGGUACCGGCAGCUCCGGGAGGCGGCGGCGCGCGUCCAGGGGCUGAUCGGGGACGUGGCCGCGCAGGGGGAGCGCGCGCACGCGCUGCUCGCGUGGCGGGACGGCCGCGCCACGGCGGUCGCGAUCGCGGCGGCGGCUGCGCUCGCCGCCGUGACCUACGCGGUGCCGCUCCGGGCGCUGGUGGCCGGUGCGGGGCUGUACGCGACGCGGCACCCGCUGCUGAGGCGGGGGAAGGGGCGGCCGUCGGCGCUGAUGUGCUUCUUCCGGCGGCUGCCGUCCAACGCCGACAUCAUGCUGUGA